AUGGGUCAUUCUCUAAGAGAAACUGCGUCCUUUGUCCGCCCAGUGACAAGGGACCGUCCAGUGACACGCGGCGAAGGGGAAAAUUCGCUGGUCGUACCCAGUCGCACAUCGUCAUUACACUCCCGAAUCACCCAACCGAUUGCCUCGACUCUGAACGUCAAGACCACCCAGCGUACACCAAAAACUCUUACUCAUGCAUACAUGGUCUGCGGUGUUGGCCGAGAGCCAUCCCAAUGGGUUAAGGCGCCUGCUCCAGAGCAGGGCAAGAUUGGCCACAUGAAGGGUGCUGUUGGUCAAUUUUGGCUUCCAGAGAUUCUGGGCAGUAGCCCGCGGUUGGAACAGGAUAACGAAGUCGCCCGUUCUCUACACUCGGCCAUGAGGGCUUGUUUCCCUCAUGAUGUGGAAAUAUGUACUGGCAAGAGUCAGCCCCAUUGCGCCCACCAUGCUUUCGUUUUGCAACAGGACUCUUCUCACACUCUGUACGGUAUUGCGCUGCGCGUAUGGUCCCGUGCGGAUGACAAGCGUGCUGAGACCAUUCGUGAGGUUCGCAAGAAGACCGAGGUCGAUUUCUACGACAACCCUGAUGAAGUUUACUGGAUUCCCUACUGUUUGAGCUUCUUGUCCCGCUACCCGCUGUAUGACUUGCUGGGCGAUUAUCUGCGGGGGAUGUGGAUUCACUGGAACAAAGCUACCAACCUGUUCCACGCCGAAGAAGUCUCGCGCAUUCUCAGCUUCCCUGCACCCCGUUUAAACGACCUUGUCCGUAUUGAUAUGAAAGACUACGCCCUUUGCUACCAGUUCCCUUCAUCCCCCACUGGCUUCCAAAACUUUUCCAUGUGGCCCCUUUUCAACUGUCUUUCGAUCCCCAACAUUGUCGGUGUGAUUGAAGCCGCCGUCUCUCCGACUCGCCGUAUUGUCUUUGUCAGUCACUACCCAGCCAUGCUCACUGUAGCCGCCGAGACCGUCCGCUACUGCGUUCGUGUGUAUGAGUGGAGCGGUCUUUACGUUCCCGUGGUCCACGCGCGCCACGUCAAGGAGCUCGCUCAGGAGCCUGGUCCUUACAUUUUGGGUAUCACUGCUGAGUGCCGUACCUUGUUCAAUGCCCCAUCUGAUGCCCUGGUGAUUGACCUGGACCGCAACUUUGUCCUCACCUCCAGCCCACCCAAUGUUCUCAGCCAGGGUCAGCGUACCAAGUUCAUCAGUCGCCUCACCCAGGCUUUGAAUGGUGACAUCUCGCCCUCGGGGGUCCCGUCUCACCUGCGCUCUGCCUAUGCCGGUGGCAAGCUCAUUCCCGCUGGUCAGAUAAUCGUCAUGCGUGGCGAGGUUGAGAGUGUUGAGAACCCCAACUGGUGGAACCAGGACGCCGUUAUGGGAGUCAUGGAUCACGUCUGUGAAAAGCUUGGCCGUAACUCUGGCAUGAAGGCCAUUUUCGGAGGCUCCGUCAAGAAGCCCCUGAUGGCCAAGGUCUCGAUGCGCCAUCUCAACGAGAUUGUCCGUGAGCGCAACCAGUACUCUCGAGACGCUAUGGAAGCUUGGCAGGACUUUAUCAACCUUAAGGGCCGCAUGGACACUGAGCUCAGCAAGGUUACCAAGCGCAACAACUUCUUGGUCGAGGAGCUCGAGACCUGGAAACAGCAAUUCCUCAAGUUCCAGGCCUUUGCUGAGCAGCUCACCAAGGAGACCACUGAACUCAAGAACAAGAUUGAGAAUCACAAGCGUGAGAACCGCCGCCUCACUGGUCUCAUUGACCAGCAGAAGGACGACGUUGCUCGUCUCACACUUCGUCUGUCUGGAACCGAGAAGCAGCGUGACGACGCUCUGGAGGCCCUGGUUCUCCAGCAGGAGAUUGCAGAGGAACUAGAGCGUGAGCGCAAGCGUAACCAGAAGGCUAUCUCUGCUUUGUCGCACACUAAUUCUACCCUCUCCCGCGAGCGAGACGAUGCCCAGCGUGUGGUUCUGCACCUGCGCAGUCUGAUCAACGGUAAGAGCCACCACAUGGAGCACAUCGUGCGCUCCAUUGGCAGCAUCUCCGAGAUUACCGACAUAGUCGAGAACGGUUACGAAGAUGCCGUAGAUGAUGUUGAUAAGAAGGUGGAGGUUGUAUCAUCAAGAGAGUCCAUGAGACGGGAGAGCAGUGGCCCCAGUCAAAAGUCCCCGGUAAAUCACAUGAGCCCCGAUCUAGAACAGCAUCUGCUGAACCUUGGCAAUGGCCACAAGAACCUCGCUCGCCUGAGCAUUACAGACGUUGCCGACCGAUACCUCCGCGACAAGACCGACGCCAUUGCCGAUAUUAUUCGCAGCAUCAGCGACCAGUGCGCUGCUGCCGUCGAGGGCCUCCAUCUGGCUCAAGAUGCCGAGGACGACGAAGACGCUAAGACCCAGAGUGAGCAACGCCUGGGCUCCGAAUAUGGCAGCCAGGGUGGUCGCACAACUCGCACCAACAGCGAAGUCAGCGACGCUGAAAACUCCUUGCAUCCGGGCCACCGUCGCUCCAGCAUUCCCCCUACCCCUGAUCUGGUGCACAACCGAUCAAGCACAUCCAUGUCUAUGAUCAGCAGCUCAACAUUCCCCGAGCGAUCUAGCCAGCAAUACAACGUCAGUGACAUCCCGACCCGGAUCGUGGAAAAUGACGAUGAGCAUGCCCUUGAGGCUGAUCUGGAUGACCAGCAAACUGAGACGGGCACUCUAUCCAAGCAGGCUAGUGAAGAUCUGAUGCAGCCCCGUGCUGCUCGUGUGAUCUCUUAA